GGCUCCGGAGAAGCCCUGACACCCGGGACGGCAAGCCCAGGAAGCCCAGGGCCUUCUCCUCCCCAGCCGGAGGGAGCAGAUCCGCCCUGUCGGCCCUCCGCCGUCCUCCGGGGGAGCUCCCACCGACAGCCGCCCGAUCCUCCAAGCCCCGAGGCCAGCCAUGGAGCCUGCCUUCGGGGAGGUGAACCAGCUGGGCGGCGUCUUCGUCAACGGGCGCCCCUUGCCCAACGCCAUCCGGCUCCGGAUCGUGGAGCUGGCCCAGCUGGGCAUCCGUCCCUGCGACAUCAGCCGCCAGCUCCGCGUCUCCCACGGCUGCGUCUCCAAGAUCCUGGCCCGCUACAACGAGACCGGCUCCAUCUUGCCCGGCGCCAUCGGGGGCAGCAAGCCCCGGGUCACCACCCCGACGGUGGUCAAGCACAUCCGGACCUACAAACAAAGGGACCCGGGCAUCUUCGCCUGGGAGAUCCGGGACCGGCUCCUGGCCGACGGCGUGUGCGACAAGUACAACGUGCCCUCUGUCAGCUCCAUCAGCCGCAUCCUCCGCAACAAGAUCGGCAACCUGGCCCAGCAGGGCCACUACGAGGCCUACAAGCAGCACCAGGGGCCCCCGCAGCCCGCCCUGCCCUACAACCACAUCUACUCCUACCCCAGCCCCAUCGCUGCUGCCACGGGGGCCAAGGGGCCCACUCCGCCCGGGAUGGCCGCCAUCCACAGCGCCGUCCACCUGCCCCGCACCUGGCCCUCCUCCCACUCCGUCACCGACAUCUUGGGCAUCAGGUCCAUCACAGACCAAGUGAGUGACAGCUCGCCCUACCACAGUCCCAAGGUGGAGGAAUGGAGCAGAAGCGGCUUCGCAGCGACGGCUCAACACGUGGCAGUGAACGGGCUGGACAAAGGCUCCCUGGAGCAAGAAGCCAAGUACAGCCAGACACCAAGUGGCCUUCCAACUGUCGGAAGCUUUGUCUCCACACCAACUAUGGCGCCAUAUCCCACCACAGCACAAGUGUCCCCUUAUAUGGCAUACAGCGCUGCUUCUUCUGGUUACGUUGCUAGUCAUGGCUGGCAGCAUGCUGGCAGCACUCCGCUUUCCCCCCACAACUGUGAUAUCCCAGCAUCACUGGCUUUCAAGGGCAUGCCAACAGCCAGAGAAGGUAGUCACUCAGUCGCAGCCUCUGCACUCUGAUAUCAGAAGCAUGGCAGAACUAUUUCAGCCCAGCCCUGCCUCUUGUUUUCUCACUUUCCCCAUAAUUUCUUCUUAUAGAAUGACAUUGUGGGUUGAUGAUAUUUCAACCAUUUUUCUCUAUGACAGUUUGCUUCCAAAAAAGGGUGGCGGGUAAAGCGAAAGAUGAUGGCAGUUCUAUAAGUGUAAAUAAUGUAAGGAAGUGAUAAAUGUAUUGUUGCACUGUUUUGCAUAAGGAAGAUCGUACAACCCUCAGAGGGAUUGUUGUGUGACUGAUUGGUAAAACCACACCUAUUUAUUCUAAAUCAACAAGACCUUCUCAAACGUGCAAUUGUUUCAGAUUUUUUUUUUUGCAGGGGGGAAAUAGUCAAGGAAAACUGGUAGAUAAGUCUACAAUUUUAACUGAAAACCGUGACCAAACAGAGAUUCUUUUCUUGAUUACCUGGUACUUCCUAUCUUUAAAUGUAUGGGCAAGUGAACAGUUGUUUUGGUUAACAGAUUACUUCUUAUAGUAACAAAUUAUAGAACCAAAUGAAUACACAACUCUUGUUAUUUAUCCUGUAUUUUAUUGUGAUUACAAAGGCAGUAAUACUUUUGUUUUCUGUAUGUAAAUAUUCAUCUGGGUCACUACUCAACUGUUGUCUGUUUUCUUUUUUGUUGUUAAAAGGCGACAUCCUAGCUAUUUGCUGUUUCUUUUCUAGAUUGUGGCAUUUGCCUCAGAUGGUUCAAGGUUUGGCAGUUUGUUGGGAAUGUUUUGUGCACUGGGUGGGGACACCUGCAUCUUAUAAAGAGAAUUUGGGUUCUUCAGCAAAGAACUGAAAGUGACCAAUCUGUAAUCUCAUUGGGUGGAAUCUGCAAAUGGAAGGCCUCUUUAUGUUCUCUGGAGGAAUUGAGAUCCACUGGAAAGUCCUGUCAGAGGGAAUGGGGAGAUUAUUUUUUAUUGGUUUCUCCUUCUCCCU